AUGGUGAGGAUUAGAGGAGGAUCCGUGAGUGCUGGACGCACCUUCAAGUUUCGUGAUGAGGAGGAUGAAGAUGUUCAAGUUAUCGAACCUUCCAUCAAAUCACCCAAAAAGAAAACUGGAAAUCGUGGUGGAAAAACGAAGCAAUCUGCAAGGAAAAAGCAGAAUACGCAAAUCAGAGAGCCAUCUGUUGAACCAUCCGAUAAGCAGAUGGAGGAGCAUCAAUUUGAAGGGUAUCCAGUAAGUGGUAAUGAAGAGGAACUGGAGCAGCCUACCAAUAUAGAUGAUGCAGAGAAAAAUGUUGGGGAACAGCAGAUUGAUGAACUAUCUACCAGGAAGUCACCAAGGACAAGGUCUGGUGUCCAGGGUACUGCACCAACUACUCAGCGCAGUGAAAAAAGAAAGCAUCCAGAAAAUGAUCAACCAGAGACCCAAACUACUGUUGAACCAACUCUCCUGCCCAAGUUCAUCGAUGAUGAAGCCAGGGAGAGGUUUGAAUGGAUCUCGCAGAAAGGCUUCAUCACUCAAAGGACCAUCAUUCCCUACAAAUUCCAAAGGUCAGCCUCUAUGCAUACUUCAUCCAACCUUGAGGUCAUAUCUCUGCUUGAUGACCUCAAACAACAUAUCCUGCUUUUUGAAGAUGGCUUGAUGAUGACCUUGACUUCUGAACAACAAGCCACGUUCGUUGCCAAAAGGAAUCUGCUUGUACCUCCCAUUCUUUCAGAAAAUGAAAAUGCACACCGAAAGGAGUUUAGAGCUGAGCCAACCACUCAGACUACCCCAGAAUACCGUACCUCCAGUUCUCAACCACAGGACAAGGGAAAAGCUCAGGCAACUGAAGAAAAGACUGAAGAGGAUGAUGAUGAUGAGGAUGAGGACACUGAGGAAGAAGAUCCUGCCCAGUUUCGCUUGACUAGAAGAAAGUCUGGAUCCUCUAAGAUUACCAUAUAA